AUGGAGGGAGGCAACGACCAAGCUCUUUCACUUGUGAUGACAACGUUACUUGCAUUCAACGUGCAAGUGCAGGAGCAGCACCUUCAAUCGAUGCUGGAAGUGCAGAACAUUCACAUGAGGCUAAUGGACAGGCUGAGGUCGUUUAGAGCGCAGUCUGAGGCAGCGAGGAGACGGCGGCGGCGGAAGUAUCGGCGACUGCAGACUGCUCUCUUGACCGAACUGAUGGCGAGGACGUGUAUGGAAGGGGCAACGUGCAGGCGACUGGUGUGGCAGCGUGAAGGGGGACACGGACGCGAGUUUUGGACAAAGUUCCAGGACAGCAGUGAUGAUAAGUGGCGAACGCAUUUAAGAAUGUCUCGCUCCACUUUCGAAUACAUCGCCGAACUGCUGCGACCAGCGCUGCAAAAGCAAAAGACCAACUUUCGCUGUCCCAUCGAUCACCGCACACGAUUAGCGGUUGUUCUGUGGUGGUACGCGACCCCGGGCGAGUAUCGCGGUGUCGCGGUCGUCUUCGGAAUCGGCAUCUCCACGGUGUGUUGCUUGGUGCGACAGGUGACCGCGGCGAUACUGUGCACACUGCGAAAGCGUUUUAUUUCACUACCCACAGGUGAUCAGCUGGACGAGACAAUUCGAGGAUUUGAGGCACGGGGGUAUCCACAGUGUGCCGGAGCUAUAGACGGGAUGCAUAUUCCAAUUGUUGCUCCCAACGAAAACCCCGAAGACUAUUUGAAUAGAAAGGGAUGGCAUUCCAUCGUCUUGCAAGUAGUUGUAGACCACAGAUUCUGUUCCUGUCUUCCAGCUUCGUUGAUAUUUAUGUGGAUCGUCCUGGACAGACGCACGAUGCUGAGGGUUUAACCAACUCCGACAUCUAUACCCUAGCGGAGCACAGUCAGAAUGGCUAUCUCUUCCCUCGGGAGAAAACGCGUGUUGUCAACGAAGUCGAGAUCCCGGUCCAUUUGAUAGGGGGGCCCGCUUAUCCGCUGAAGAAGUGGCUCAUGACUGGCUUCACCCACCAUCCACAGCUGACAGCGGAACAGCGCUUGUUCAACUGUCGCCUCGCUUCGGCCAGGGAGUGUGCCGAGCAGGCGCUGGGACGCCUGAAAGGCCGGUGGAGGUGUCUGGCGAAGAGGAACGACGUGGCGAUCGGGAUAACGUCUGACAUCGUCGCGGCCUGCUGCAUCCUGCACAAUGUCUGCGAACUGAACAACGAGGCCGUGCUCCCGGAAUGGAACACGCAGGUGGACGCGAAGGAGAGUCUUGACAUGCUGGAUGAAAGCGAAGGACAGCGAAGCGACGGGGAAGCUUCAGCCAUCCGAGAAGCUGUCACGGCACUGCUGCAUGUGUGAA